GUUCUUUUGUGCGUCCUUCAUUAGUCCAUUGAUUGCACUCUUUGGACCAUGGCCAGCCACUGGCUCUGAAGCCCUGGACUUUGAGCUCUGAUUGGUUCAGAGAGAUCGCUGUGUGUUGAUUGGUCACACGCUCACUGGCUACACUUGCUGAACUCUGAGAGGCGAGUGGAUUGUCCAAAUCCGUGGGUUUUCUGAGAAGCAGAAAAAAGAAGUUGUGCCCACUCUUGGAUCGUCACUUUCUGUUCCGGCUUCUCUGUUAGACAGACUGCAUGCCAGGAAAGCUGUGGAAAUGUGGAGCUUCUUCAUUUUUUUUUCACCUCGUUUCUUGAGGUUGGACCACUUUGUGCAAACAAAUGGGACAAAUCUGUCACAUUUUCUCAGCUUACCCUCAGUCUUUCUUCAGUGGAUCUAAAUGUUUCUGUGAGUCUACAGACACUAGGGAACAGUGGACUGUGUUUUGAAUUGCUUCUGCCUUUUUGUCUGACCAGCCCUUGAGCCUCUGUCUUCAACAGUGAUCAAACAUAGCUUCUGUCUGGAAGAUUGACUGAUUUCUAAACUUCAGUCUUCUAGACUGACCAAGCUUUGAGCUUCUGUCCCCUGAACUGAUUAAGCUCGGACAUCUUCCCCUUUAAAAUGAUCAAGCUCUGGAUAUCUACUUUAUAAACUGGCCUAGCUUUUGACUGGGUUUCUGCCUUCUAGACAGACCCAGCUUUGAGAUUCUUUCUUCUAGACGGACCCAGCUUUGAGAUUCUUUCUUCUAGACAGACCCAGCUUUGAGAUUCUUUCUUCUAGACGGACCCAGCUUUGAGAUUCUUUCUUCUAGACGGACCCAGCUUUGAGAUUCUUUCUUCUAGACGGACCCAGCUUUGAGAUUCUUUCUUCUAGACGGACCCAGCUUUGAGAUUCUUUCUUCUAGACGGACCCAGCUUUGAGAUUCUUUCAGACUUUUACACUGACCAUGCUCUACAAGAUAUCUGGAUAUCUUGCUCUGGAUAUCUUGUAGACUGACCAAGGCUUGUAGUUCUGCCUGUAGACUGAACAAAAUUAGAGCUUUUUUUAAGUGAUCAGACUUUGAGCUUUUGUGUUUAAAAGCAACUAACAUCUGUGAUUUUGCCUUUUGGACUGACCAAGCUUUGAGGUUCUGCUUUUUCGAGGAACCUAGGUUUCAGCUUCUGCUAUUUAAAGUGGAGAGAUUUUGAGUGGGCAAGCUUAGAGCAUGUACCUUCUGGACUGAAUAAGCUUUGGAUUUUUUCAAGGAUAUGGACAUCUGCUUUCUCGAGUCACCACUCAUUGUUUGCCUUCUAGAGUGACAAGUUUUGGAACAGAUGUUUUUCAUACUUUGUCAUUUAAGACUCACAACAAACAAGAAGAGCACCAACAAAUCAGACAAGACACUAAAAUACAUGCAAACAAUCAGCUUUAGGCGAUUGUAAGGUGAAAACAGAAGUCUCUGGGUGUCUUCCUGAUUGCUGUCACAAUGAUUUCUCCAAUGGAAGUCAUCCUCAAUCUGGUAACACCAGACUCCUCUCCAUCCACCUCUCCAACCAGUACAAUCGAGAGGUUGGAGGGAAGUCUGGCUCAGGCUGCGUUGGCCGCCUCAUGCGGGACGGAGGGCUCGCUCACGGGGUCUGAGGAUGCGGCCCUUGACCCCCAGCGCACGCGACAGGCCAUCGCUCAGCUGCAGCAGAAGAUCCUGAAGCUGACGGAACAGCUGCGCAUCGAGCAGACGGCACGAGAUGAGAACGUGGCCGAGUACCUCAAACUCGCCAACAACACCAACGACAAGCAGCAGAGCUGCCGCAUUAAACAGGUCUUCGAGAAGAAGAACCAGAAGUCGGCGGCAAGCAUCGCACAGCUGCAGCGCAAGCUAGAGCACUACCAUCGGCGGCUACGUGAGGCCGAACACGGCGGAGCUCCACGCCAACCCAAAGACGUGCUGCGGGAUGUGCAACAAGGUCUACGGGGUGUGGGUGCUCGUGUCAUCACAGGCAUCAGUGAGGGCGUGGUGGACAGUGUUCGGGGUGGCCUCUCCACCUUCUCGCAUGCCACGCACUCUGCGGCAGGCGCUGUGGCGUCUAAACCACGAGAGAUUGCUUCACUCCUGCGCAACCGCUUUGGCAGUGCCGACAACAUCAGCGUUCUGAAGGACGGUGGCGACGAAGCCUGCAGUCCACCCUCGCAUCUGCAGUCCAGCCCGAAGUUUGGCAGUGAGGAGGACUGCUCGAGUGCCACUUCGGGCUCAGCUGGGGCCAACAGCGUGACGGGGGCCCCUGGGGGCCCACCAAGCUCCAAGGGGAACACGAUGGAAAGAGGACGCAGUGGAAGCUUGGAGAUGCUGCUGCAGGAAGUGCAGGAGCUGAGGGAGGCUCAGGCACGGCUAGAGGAGACCCUGGAGGGGCUGAAGAGUCACUACCAGAGAGACUAUUCAAUGGUCAUGCAGGCUCUGCAGGAGGAACGCUAUAGGUGUGAGCGGUUGGAAGAACAGUUGAAUGACCUGACAGAGCUUCAUCAAAAUGAGAUUCUGAACCUGAAACAGGAGCUGGCCAGCAUGGAGGAGAAGAUCGCCUACCAGUCCAACGAGAGAGCUCGUGACAUACAGGAGGCGCUGGAGGCAUGUCAGACGCGUAUCUCUAAGAUGGAACUGCAGCAGCAGCAGCAGCAGGUAGUUCAGCUGGAGGGUUUGGAGAAUGCCACAGCUCGCACUCUUCUGGGAAAACUUAUAAACGUCCUGCUUACGCUCAUGGCCGUCCUGCUGGUGUUCGUCUCCACGGUGGCCAACUGCGUUGUGCCUUUGAUGAAGACACGCAGCCGCUCCUUCUCCACCCUUCUCCUCCUCCUACUCUUUGCCUUUCUCUGGAGGAACUGGGAUGUGCUCUCAGGACACACCCACCGCAUCCUGCACACUCCGAGAUGACCACACCCCCACCACACUUCACCACCUAGAGGCAAUGCCAGUGCCUCGCUGUGUGGGCAAAAAAUAAAAACUGUGAUUUUACUUUUUUUUUAAAGAAACAGGUGUACACGUUUACAUUUUUCGAAAGUAUGAAACAACAAAUAGACUACUUUUUCUCCUAGAAUGCCUUUGGCACACUGCUUUUAUUAUAAUGUUAAUUAAUGGUAUUGUUAUUAUUCCAGUUUCUAAUAAUUACUUGUUUUUUAUCAUAAUUUUAAUCAGUCUUAUGUAGCAUUAAGCUCCUGUUACUCUGUGAACGGGUAACGGGACGCCAUUUGUUUGAUUGGAGUCUGUGUUGUUGAACCUGGAGUUUCCUCCCCAGUCACUGCCUUUAGUAGAUUUUUAGUGAAUCUUAUUGGCUGCCUUUAAAGGGGAGGGAUAUGCACUUUUUGUCUGUGGUUGACAGCAGUGUUAGUCUGCUCUGCCCUCACCUCGUUCAUGGCACUGGAUUUAAAGAACUUUAUGUUGGAGGACUCGCACUUUCCUGAAAGAAUGGACUGAUGGAUCUACUUGAAGUGAGUGGUGCUUCAGGGACCUCCUGUGCUUCCUUACUGUUUCUAUUGGCAAUGAAAUACAACUUUCAGGAACUUUGAGUGAAAAUUUAAGACUGUAUUAGAUGAAUGAUUACACUGUCGAAUGAAGCUUGACUACUUUAGUGAUUGGAGCCUGUUCAUCGUCAUUCCCUUUUUUCUUUCCGAUACUGAUACAAAUUCUUACUUAACUACUCAAAUUGUGCCUAUAAUUCCUAAUAUUUAUUGUGUUCCAUUUCUAUAGGUUUAAUUUUGGUAGUGGCAGUGUUCUAUAUCCCAAAUGUUUUCCAGAUUUACUGAGAAGAACAGCAUUUACUGUUUAAGCUGCUGCACAUUUGAAAAAUUCUAGGGAAGCAUGAUAGUUCCAUACCACAGACAUGCUGCUGGCACCAGUCUAGCAUCAUUUAGAACAUGGGAACACAUGUCUAUCAGUAACUGCUGCAUAGUAUAGAGGCACUCUAUUGCCAGUACCGGUACUGUGUUGAUAUCGGUGGAACAGUAGAGCUCCCCAUCUUAAACAGUAACAUCUGUAAUUCAGUGAUAACUCUCUGGUACUGAAUAUACAUUUUUUUACCAUGUAAAAGGGUCAGCUGGCUGUUAUCACUCUAGAUUCCAAAGCGUUCCAAAAGCCUAGGCUGCAGCUGAGGUGCAUAAGGCUGCAUUUCUUGGCCACUACGUCACAGAAGGCUGUCGCAAAGUAAAUCACCCUUUGUAUUCGACUAAGAAAUGCAGCUGACAUUCCGCAACUGAUGUUAUCUAUCUUUCAUUAAACUUGGUUACCCACAGUUCUCUGUGCAAAUACAAAGCCGGGGGAAAACAGCAACAUAAAAACCGAGUGAAAAUGACAGAAAAUAGAGGCGUGAUUUUAUACAAAAAAAGUUUUUUGCAUAUUAUUAGAACAUUUUGAAGAAAAGAGUGUCAUCACAUGAUAUUUUUGUGUGAUGUGAAAGUUGGCAUUGUUAGCCUAAUUCCAUAUGUGUGACCAAAAACGUACUAGGAAAGAGUCUUUAUAGGACAGUCCUACAUUGACGCCAGCCUAGACUUAGGAAUGCAGCUACACACAGUGUGAACACUUCUUUAAAACUAUCCAUAAUAAAAUCUCCCAACCUCAACUUACAAUGAAAUAAAUAAAUAAUCGUGCGACUGUGGUGCGCUGUAGUAUUCCCUCACCCUAAUUUAAGAUGUGUGGCGUCCAAAUUAAAUGUCUGAAGAAGGUUGAUUUGAUUUUGCACAGUCAUGUAAAGUAGAACCUGUCAGUAUUUCUCUGAUGGGGCAGGUGAACAGGCUCUUGGUUCCCCAACUGUAAGAAGACUAUGACCUUAACUUGACCCUUGAGUGUAUGUAUGAAGGAGUGUAUGUGUGUGUGCGGAUGUGUGUACGGGCAUGCAUGCUUAAAAAACUACAGUGCCUUCUGAUGUCUCCAUGUGUUAGAGACUUGUGUAAUAAAGAGCAUUCCUGCAUAGACCGAG